GCCGUUACUUUACACAUCAGUUUCAUAUGGCUCGCCUCAUCAGAUCUUUUUUACUUUCCCAGUCUAGUAAACCUCAGCCUUUACUGAGUGUUCAUCAUCAGUCUUAUUCGGCUCACUUUCCUUUAAACAAUAACUCACUUUACCGCUCUUUCUGUUCUCUACGAUCUCAGUUUAGUUUUCGAUACUACGGGAAAUGCGCUCAUUCAUCUGGUGGUGCUUCUAGUGGCCAGUUGGUGAAAAAUUCUUUUCACCCUAAAAAUCACUUAAACAGUCGAGGUUCACAUGCUCCUAGCUCCGGACAAGACAAAAAGUCUACUAAAAAACACCGGCCUGGACGCGGUGUUGAGGGUAAAUUUGUAUAUUCAUUGGAUGAUGUCUCCAAAUUUAUUGGAGAUGUACCUUUGUUUGAAAACGUGUCCCUGAAAAUUUUUCAAAGGGCAAAAAUUGGAAUCCUAGGAAUCAAUGGCAGCGGAAAGUCAAGUUUGCUACGUAUUAUUGCCGGAGAAGACCUCGACUAUGAAGGUAGUGCCCGAACUUUAGGCAAUUAUCGUAUCGGGUAUCUUCCUCAGGAGCCUGAACUUGAUCCUGAUAAAACAGUUUUAGAGAAUGUGCUAAGUGGAGUGCCAGAAAAAGUUUCUGUCUUAAAGACUUACAAUAUACUCAAAAGUAGGAUAGAUGAGGGGAAUUUUAGUCUAGAAGAUGAACAAGCAUAUUUGAAGGUUAAAAAAGUGGUGGAUGAGGAAAAACUGAUGGACUUACAGCGCCGAGUUGAGGUUUCGAUGGACGCACUUCGUUGUCCCUCUGGCCAUCUAAUGGUUGAUAAUUUGUCAGGCGGUGAGUGUCGUCGUAUCUCUUUAUGCCGAUUGCUUAUUUCGGCUCCAGAUAUCCUCUUACUUGAUGAGCCUACUAAUCAUUUGGAUGCAGAGUCGGUUGCAUGGUUAGAACACUACUUAAAUGAAUACAAAGGUGUAGUAUUUGCUAUUACACACGAUCGUUAUUUUCUAGACAAUGUUGCUGGGUGGAUUCUCGAGAUUGAUCGUGGAAAAGCAAUUCCAUUUGAUGGUAACUAUACUGAGUGGCUGGCUGCUAAGCAAAUUCGGUUGGAUUUAGAGAAAAAAAAGGAAGCGUCACGCCUUCGCCAGAUCAAGCAAGAGCUUGAAUGGAUCAACACUCCCCCUAAAGGUCGUCAAUCUAAAAAUAAGGCUCGUAUCGCCCGUUAUCAGCAACUUUUUAAUGAGAGCCGAACCAAAGGAUAUGAAGUAGGCCAAAUUGUAAUCCCUCCUGGACCUCGCCUUGGAGACAUAGUUGUUAAGGUACACGAUCUCAAGAUUAGUUUUGAUGGUAGGAUCCUUUUUACGGGCCUGAAUUUUGUGGUUCAACCUGGUGCAGUCGUUGGUGUAAUCGGCCCCAACGGUGUUGGUAAAUCGACCUUGAUCAAAAUCCUGAUUGGGGAGCUCCAACCAGACCAAGGUUCUGUGCAUAUUGGUUCCACCGUAUCUAUGUGUUAUGUUUCGCAAACUCGCGUUGAACUAGAUGACGAUGAAACCGUAGUUGAAGCCAUUUCUGAGGGUAAUCCAACCCUUUGGAUCGGGGACAAGCACUGCCACAUUCGUGCAUAUAUUUCUUCUUUUAACUUGAAGGGCUCAAUACAAGAGCGGCUUGUUGGCAGUUUAUCUGGUGGUGAACGUAACCGCGUCCUUUUAGCUAAGGCUCUUAAAAAUGGCUGUAACCUUCUUUUGCUUGACGAACCUUCCAAUGAUUUAGAUGUCGAUACUCUUCGGUCUCUAGAAGAUGCCAUUUCUACAUUUUCUGGCAGCGCAAUUGUCAUCUCUCAUGAUCGCUGGUUCCUUGAUCGAAUAUGCACUCACAUUCUGGCUUUCGAGGGCAACUCAAAGGUCACCUUUUUUGAUGGUAAUUAUUCUGCCUAUGAACUUGACUAUCGCGAACGUUUAGGAAAAGGUCCUCAAGCCCGUCCCACCAAAUACAGACGCUUAGUUCAGGCUUAAUCAUCUCUAUACUUUAUUGGUAUUCUGCAUUUAAGAACCAUAUGAAUAGUCAAUAUUUUGCGGACAGAUGGAUAAACCGUAUUCUAUGGUGUCCCUACUACUUCAAAUCCAUAUAGACUCAAAAAUUGUAUUGAUUCUAUUAUGAAUAGAAAAAUUUAAGCCAGUUGAUUCGAAUGAACUGCUAUACAUUCAAUAGUCCUUGA